AUGUCACAAGUGAUACCUCGCCCGUCCUUUUCGGGUCCGGGGCAAAAAGUCGGUGUUAGCUUACCACAGAUUGAACACCCACUUUCCAGGAUGGAGAACCCGGAAAAUUUAGGAGUACGGGGAGUUUCUAGGGCCGGGGACAGACCCGGGUCCCAUCCAAAUUUUGGAAUGUCUAGUCGCCCUCUAGCCAACGAAAAUACGUAUCCCACGAGGAAGAGUGUUAGUGCCUUAGGGAGGGAGAGCAGAAGAGGGUCAAGGAUGGCCAUGUCAUAUCCCAACUACAACGCCACUGCCAUCCCCGAGGGAGUGGAGGUCACCUACGGGGACCCAAACAAGACCAGACUCCCGGUUUUUGGAAGCCGAGCCGACGUAGUGAUGAGCAGAAUGGGCGCGGAAAGCCGCGUGUCCUCCCGACUUUCGAACGCAUCCACACGUGCCAGACUGGAAGUAGACGAGAUAGAGGCAAAACUUAGACAGAAGAUGAAAGGAAGUUUCUAUGAAGUAAAGAAACGAUUCAAAGACAUGGAUCCGGAACAAAAAGGAAAUGUAUCAAGGGAGGCCCUUCACCGAAUUCUGGUGACCAUCCUAGCCACGGAGAUGGGACAAUCUGUUUUUAACCGACUGAUGGAUCGGUUCGGAUUCUCUGAUCGACAGGUGGUGAAUUAUACAGAGUUGUUCGCCCAUUUCCGUGAGAUGCCUGAUGAUUAUCCUCAGUGGAUGGACCCGGUCCAGAGGAACUACGCCUCAGACAAAGCCUCCAUGACCUCUAACGAGGUGCACGCGCAGCUCAGGGAAAAGGCCAAACAAAGGUUCCUUGACAUCGCUGACCUUAUCCCACAGAUCAACCCUGGUGGUUCCGGCCGUAUCCUUAAAUCAGAAUUCAAACAAAUGUGUAACAAACUGAUGUUCUAUAUGGAGGAUUCCGAAUUCGAAAAAUUAUGGAAAAAGUAUGACCCUAAAAACAUGGGAACCAUUGGAGCAGAACGGCUUCUGAACAGCCUAGGUAUCACCUUCCGAAGCGGAACUCCCAACAAAGCUCGGCCCGUGCUGUCCCCAAUACCCGAACCUGCAGAACGCAAAAAAAGUAAAAAGAAAAAAAACAAAAAGGAUAAAAUCGAGGACAUUCCGGAGCUAGAGGAGUAUGGUGGCUCCAACUCGAACCGCUCACCACGACGGAAGGAGAUAGAGAGGAAACAGUCCUUGGAUGUGGAGAGAUGGAUGAAGAAUAAGUUCAGGGAGGGUUGCCACAACAUGGUAGAAGCGUUUGAAGCUAAGGACGAGAAAAACUCUGGAGUUGUUGCCUUUGACGAUUUCCUGGCUGUACUAUCGACCUAUGGUUUGACUUUAGAGAAGAAGCUCCUGGCAGCCUUCCUGUCUCGCUGUAGCGUCCGGGCUCGUCCAGAGGGGGUACCCUACAGGGAAUUUCUCCAUCGUUUCCAGGACCGUUCAGAGACGGGCAUGACCCACAACAUCCUUACGAACAACAAACACAGGCUAGUCAGACUAGUGAACAAGCGACCUGACAGUCCUGGAGCUGGCUCUACCAUGAGCAGCAUUGAGGUGCAGUUGAUGAACAUGUUCCAGAGAGACUUCCUCGCAUUACUUGGCUCAUUCAAGAGUAUAGACAAACUGGGAAUGAACGUGAUUAGCCAGGAAGAAUUCCGUGCAGCCAUGGAAAGCAAAUUCCAGUUCCACCUCACCGAUCCCCAGUUUGAACAUUUCGUAGAUAAGCUCCCACUGGAUGAAGAUGGAAAUGUCAAAUAUGCAGAUUUCAUGCAGCAUUUUGACACCAAGGGUCUUGCACCAAGUUUGUUUGAGAAGACUAACGCCCCAGCAGUAACGACCACGAAUGGAGCCACAGCGAUGGCACCCCUCGAGGAGGAAAUGGAAGUGGACCCUGAUCUUGAAAUUGACGAGGCCUUGGAUAAUUUUGGCGUCAAUAGACGCACUCCUCAAGAACUCUUUAAUAAGAUCAAAGAUCUACUCAACAGAAGAUUCCAAGACGUGGAAAGGGCAUUCUAUGCACAAGACGAAAUAAAUUCAAGGCGUUUAUCACAAGAAACUUUCUAUCAGCUUAUGAGAAAGUUCGAUAUUCAACCGGAAAUUUCUCGGGGAGAAAUCAGAGAUCUCUGGAAGACUUUCAUAACUAACACGGAUAAGACACUAGAUUACCACCAGUUUGUCCGCCAUUUCGGAUUUUCCAUGCGUUCAGCUGCUUUCCCCAAUGCUAAAGUCAAUCCUCCGCGAAAAGGUGAUGCGGAUUUCAUGCUUAGGUCAAGAAAACUUAACUGUGCUGCUGACAUGCUCCAAGACAACCUCAGGGCUAAGGUCGACUACAUGUGGGAAGACCUACGAAAGGAGUUUGUGGCGAUGGACCCAUACGGUACUGGUUUCGUACAAAGGGAUGAAUUCCGCGAGCUUCUCACAGAGCUCUGUGUCCACCUGAGUGACUACGAGGUCAACAUGAUAUGUAACAAAUUUGAGCUCAGGAAAGAUGGAAGGGUGAACUACAUAGAGUUCUUGAAGCCGUUCGCUCUGAGAAAGCAAGUGUGGCGCCAUGGCAACAACAUGUUGUCACUGUUACAACACCCUCAGCCAGAACUGCCCAUUACAGAUAUUGUGGAACCCCCACAGAAGGGACUCCAUGGCAUUACAGCCAAACUCAGACAAAAGUUGGCUGGAGACUGGAAGAACUUGCGUCGUGCCUUCCGAAAACUGGAUAAAAGGAAUGUUGGUUAUCUGUCCCUACCUGAAUUCCGUUCCGUACUUAAACUGGCUAAUGUGAUUCUGGACGAAGAUGAAGUAUAUCAUGUCAUGACACAAUUCGAUAACAGCAUGUCCGGCAAAAUCCCAUACGAAAAAUUUAUAGAGGAAACCUUCAAACCUCAGACAAGCCAUAGUGUAAAAAGGUUGUGAACUGACAGCAUUACUUCAACUACUA